AUGCCUGAAGACAAGAAAGUGGAUCGGCCAAAGUACCCUCGCAUUCAGUCGUAUGGAAGUAUGAGCUCGGCGAGAAGCGAUGACGACAUGACCGUCCACAGCCAGUUGUUUCCAUAUCCGAAAAAAAUGAUUGUUCCGAGAGAAAUCCUUUACGAAGAAGAGCAUCCGCCGUUCCAACCGUUGUUUGCAACUACGAAAAUUUUCGGCAAAGCAAGAUUUACUUGCCUUCUAGUGAUGUACAUCCUAUUCUAUGUAACAUAUCUCGUCACUGGGGCUUUGGUGUUCUCUGCAUUAGAGACUCCAUUGGAAAAUCAAGUGUGGCUCGACGUGAUACGCGCUAAGCAGGACUUCAUGGCGAAAUAUCCUACUGUUGUUGGGCAAUGGUUAAAACACACCUCAAAAUAUGAUAAUUCUACCAAAAAUGUUAAAAUCGAUGGGACA